UAUUUUGCAGAACUAAACCGAAACUCAGAAUCAAACCAAGAACUAGCCCAUCAGGUCAAGUCUGGUUCUGUAAUUUUAGAACUGCCCGGUUUUAAUUCUCAGAAGCAAAUACUCAGUAGACCCGCAUAG